CCUCAAAAUUCCACCAGGAGAACUUAGUGCACUUUCAUGAACGUUUAAUUAUAUGUUCUUUAAAAAUAAUAUAUUAUUUAAUAUACAUGUAAUUAUGUAUUAUUUAAUAUACAUUUUGUGCUUUUGAAGGAUUCAAAAUAUUUCAUUAGACACUUUGAUUUUAAUUAUUUGAAUUGCUAGAAUGAAUUUUUGAUGUGUAUUAUGUUUAUGUUAACCUCAAAAUUUAUUGAUGUUCUAUAAUAUUUUUUAUUUUAAUUGAUAAUAAAAAACACAGAGUGUACAUUGUGAAAAGAUUUAAUAUUUAGAUAUAUUUUUGGCUUGAUUAUGAAUCCUGACAUUGAGCAAAAGAUUUUCAAAUUUGAAACAUUUGUCAAUGAUGUAUUGAAAGAAGAUCUUGCUCAAUUAGAACAGAAACUUGAUAUUAAAAAUGCAGAUGUUGCCGAAUUUCUUCAAUUAAAGUCUAUGAUAACUACCAUUCAAAAUAAUAACCUUGAUAAAAAUGGAUUUAAAACUCAAGUAGAUAUUGGGCAAAAUUUCUUUAUUGAAGCACACAUUCCUGAUGCUUCUACAAUUCUAUUGGAUAUUGGUUUAGGACAUUAUAUGGAGUUUUCAUUAAAUGAUGCUUUGGCUGUUAUCAGUGUCAGAAUUAAACUUCUAGAACAACAGAUUGAACACUAUCGUAAAGAAAUAGCUAAGAUAAAUGCUCAUAUCAAACUAAUUCUUUUAGGCAUUAGAGAAUUACAAGGAUUUAAAGAUUGAAUAUAAAAUACAUUUUGUAUUAUAUAAUUCUGUGUAAUUUUUCAUCUGUAUAUUUUUACAUACUAUUAUAACUUUUGUACAUAAUAGAGAAUUAAAUAAAUAUUAAAUGAUUUUGAAUAAACAAUUAUGUUUCCCCAUUUUUUAGAAUUCUUAUUUCAUUCUUAAAGUACGCUAUUAAAUUUCAACGAAAUUAUUUCGCGCGAUGAAUUCACGUGUUUAAUCCAAUGUAAAUCGUUCACAAUGUCCCAUCAAUUUCGUACCCCGAAUACCGCGCUUUUGUUUCCUUGUUAAGAGUAAUUGCGUAAAUUUACUAGGACCUUGUGACCCGCUUAUAUAUGAUAGAGGUCAAUCGCAAGCGAAUCAGUGCGUUUUUCGCUUCAGCGUUGAUUUCCCAUUUUCACGACUCUUGCUAACGUGAAGCAUUUGCUUUAAUGUCGGAUUGGCAGAGCAUACCAUGCAUCGAAAGACACAAAGAAUUCCUCGAGAAGAUUACUGCGAUUUUGAUCGACUGCGCCUUCGAAAGUGUAUCCCGUGAAAAUCCAGUGUUGAGAUGGAGGGAACCAAAUCAUUUGCAAAAUAUUAUAAAUUUUAAUUUACAGGAGCAGCCCCGUGAUCAAGAUGAUCUUCUAGAGAUUGUGGCUAAAAUUUUUAAAUACAGCAUUAAGACAGGUCAUCCUUACUUUAUGAAUCAGUUAUUUUCUGGAUUGGAUCCGUACGGUUUAGUCGGACAAUGGCUUACCGACAUAUUAAAUAGUUCAGUAUAUACAUACGAAGUGGCACCGGUUUUAACAUUAAUGGAAAACACCGUUAUUAAAAAACUGUUAAGCAUGUUUUACAAGGAUGAAAAUGGUUCUAUGAUAGGAGAUGGUCUUUUUUGCCCAGGAGGUUCUUUCGCUAAUGGUAUCGCUAUCAACUUGGCACGAUAUUGGUUUAGAAAAAAAAUUCAAAAUAAUAAAAAUAUAUCAUCUACAAAUCUGGUGCUUUUUACAUCUGAAGAUGCGCAUUAUUCGAUUUUGAAGUGGGGAAAUGUUUGUGAUAUAGAAGUGGUUCUCAUAAAAACUGACGAGUAUGGCAGAAUGAAUAUUAAUGAUUUGAAAGUUAAGAUAUUAGAAGAACAAAAAAAAGGAAAUUAUACAUUUUGUACUAUCGCCACUGCAGGAACAACAGUUCUAGGUGCAUUCGAUCCUUUGAUCGAAAUUGCAGAUAUUUGCGAACAAUUUAACAUGUGGUUGCAUGUAGAUGCAGCUUGGGGAGGUGGUUUAAUAUUCAGUAGAAAACAUAGUGUUCUUUUAAGAGGAAUACAAAGAGCAGAUUCUAUCUUAUUUAAUGCACACAAAUUAUUGGCAGUUCCUCAACAAUGUUCUUUACUUUUAACUAAACAUAAAAGCAUUUUUAAAGAAGCACAUUCUAAACAUGUUCCUUAUCUCUUUCAAAAAGACAAAUUUUAUCCUACAGAUUUAGAUGUGGGAGAUAAGUAUUUACAAUGUGGACGCAGACCAGAUGUAUUGAAAUUUUGGUUUAUGUGGCAGGCUAAGGGCACUUCAGGAUUUGAAAAACAUAUCGAUCAUUUAAUGAAACUGUCAGCUCUCUUUAAAGAAGAAGUGGAAAAAAGAGAUGGAUUUAAAUUAGUAACAAAUCCAUGUUUUAUAAACGUUUGCUUUUGGUUUAUUCCAUCGACUUUAAGGAUUCAGAAUUCAAUUUACGACUAUGAGAAAAGAUUACACGAGAACGUGAGUCUCUUGGAAACGUAUCGUUACAUCAUGGAAAAUGCAGCAGAUUCCAGAGUAGCAGAUUGGAUGUUAAUGAGUAAUCCGUUUUCAUUGUUAGGAAUUAUAUUUCUUUAUUUGCUCUUUGUUCUUCGUCUUGGCCCAUUAUGGAUGAAAAAUCGAAAACCGUAUAGUUUAAACAAAAUUAUGAUUUGUUACAAUAUUUUUAUGUCAACUGCCAGUGGAACUGUAUUUUAUGGGUUAUUAACAUCCGCCACAAAAUUUUCUCUUGGAUGCGAACCUCAUAUCGUUAUGAAUGAUCCUAAAUCUUAUCGUAUGGCUCGAUGGAUGUGGAGGCUCUUAAUGUUGAAAGUCCUCGAGUUGAGCGACACCAUCAUCUUCGUUCUAAGGAAAAAAUACAACCAAGCAUCUUUUCUUCACAUUUAUCACCACACGUCGACCGUUCUUCUUGCCUGGAUAGCAUGCAAAUUUGUCCCAGGUGGUAUGUGGCCAUUCACGAUUAUGCCAAACUGCAUCGUGCACGUGAUUAUGUACACCUAUUAUCUGCUCGCCUGCUUGGGCCCAGAAGUGCAAAAGAGGAUCGCGCCUUGGAAACAAUACAUUACGGGUUUACAAAUGAUCCAAUUUAUUAUUAUGAUAUGUUAUACGUUUCAAACUUUGUUGCCUUCGUGUGAACCAAAUCGAAAACCGAUAGCCUAUAUCUAUAUGUCGCAGAUCCUUAUCAUGUUUGGUAUGUUUUGCGACUAUUACAAGAAAUCAUAUCUCAAAAAAAAAAUGAAGUAAUAACGAUUCAGAGAGAAUCAGGAAAGUCGAGGUGAUUUCGGAUUACACGUUGUCUAAAUGCUACCAUGAAAAUCCAGUAAAAUCCAACCAUUGUGACCGCGUGAUAUGCUUCAUCCUGGAGGGCGUAUCUCUCUACACGGUGAUAAUUCCAUGAAAAAUCGGAAUGGAACGAUCGUGAAUGCUUGAUAAAAUGCGGUUGGUGGAACACAUUAGAAAGACACGCAUCAGGAAGCAAGCAUGGGGCAUGAUACAAGGGUAAAAUUCGCAUAUCCGAGUCAGUUCGCAUUUUUGCUCGCGGGGAUGCUUUUAGUCGAUCCUCUAUCCUUUUUUUUUUAUUUUUUUUUAUUUUAUUUUAUUUCUUCGUUUUCCCUUUCUCUCUCUUUCAUCAGUGUCCUCUCGAAACACAUAUUACAUUUCGUUUCGUAUAGUAUCGAUACAGCGGUGGCGCACGCGACAUGAUCGUGACUGUGAUUUUAUUAAAAUCCAGCAAACAGUGGAUCGACGUUAACGUUCGUUCCAUACUUUCACGGAAUAUUUUAUUCUUUCACUGAUAUUCGUUUGUAGUUUUGCAAAUUUUCCCUUUCUUUUAUUUUAGAAAUGUAAAAAGAUGAGACAGUAACUUCUUGAGGGAUGAAUUUAUUAAAAUCGAUGAAAAAUUAUAAUUUCUUUCUCUCUUUUUUUUUUAAUAACACAGUUUAUAUUGCUCAUUUAAUUAAUGUUAAAUUGUUAAUUUUUAAAUAAUAAGCUUCUUUGACAUGCGAUUAUUUAAUUUUUACACUUGAAUUCAUUAUCCCUCAAGCAAUUAAAUAUUUUGUUCGAAUAAAUCUACGCGAGAUAAACGUUCAAAUAAAGAAAAUUAAUUAUAGUUACAGUUAUACGCUAUAUAAGUUUUGGAUUUUACUUAUACAACGAACUUAUAUUUUACACAUAUAUUGGAAUAACAAACUGAAAUGUUUGUAUAAUAAAGGUUAUUAAAUUUAAAUAUUUCAGUGUUGAAUUAAAUAAUAAAAUAAAAUUUUCCAUAGAAUAAUGAGAUAAUUUCAGAAUGUAAUAUCAUAGAAAUGUUUUAUCAUAGUUUUUAAAAUUAUUUUUAAUUGAAUUUAAACAAAUUAAAUAAUCAAGUAUGGAAAGUUAAUUAUUUUAUAUUAAAGUACAACUUUGAUGAAUAAGUAGAAACAACUUAUUUUAAUUAUCAGACGUAGCUCGUAAUUAAAUAACAAGGAUUAUAACUUCUUAAAUAUUAACAAGUACAAUUACAAUUCUUGUAAAUUCCAUUAAAAGUUAUUCAAUUUGGUAAGAAAAUAUAAAAUUUCUUAGGAACAAUUUCAUAUAAAUUGUUUAAAUAAAUUUUUAUUCAUUCCUUUUGGGGUAAGAAAACUUUUCUUUUCUUAAUAGUAUAAUUUAAAUACUUUCCAUGUAGAUGCCAUUAGAAAGUUCAACGAGUAGUCUGUACUUUUAGUCCAGUAUCAUUAAUCAGCUUUUAAUAAUCCAACUUCAUUAAUCUUCAUUACUAAUUGUCCAAACUUCAUUAAUAAUUAAUUUGUAAAAUAUUUCUGUAUCAGGUUUUAAUAAUCAAACUUCAUUAGUCAAAUUUGUAAAAUAUAUAUUUUCCAAAUACUUAUUUUCUUUACACAUUAACUAUAUUGAUACAAAUUUUAAUAUAAUGCCCAAUAGAUUUUAAAAUUGAUCUGGUCGAAUUACGAUAUAUCAGUCUGAAAGUAUUGAUAUCCUUUUUAAUAAUUAUUUUAGCUUACGUUUAAUCGCUAUAACUUUAAUUAAUUUCUAAUUUCAAAGAGUUUAUAUAUAUUGUCGACACAAAAUAUCAUCCUUUUAAAUUAAAUUUACUAUAAACAAUUUUAUACGACUUAUUUGAAAUUAUUUAUCUCGCCGGAAUCAAAAACCAAUAUAACUUUUUCAACAUCACAAUAUAUCUUUUAAUGGACAUUUUAUACGCAUCUAUCCUAUAUGAGCUUGCAUCCCCCCUUACAGACACGUGUGCCUAAAGGGGUGACAUUACAGAAACGUUUUCCUGGCCGACCGAAAUUAGCAUAGAGGAUUACCGUGUCUGUGGCUUAAAGUCGACACGCAUGGUUGCACGCCGAUAAGAGUUUAUUAACGCUGGGUAUAUUUAUCUUGCAAUUUCGACCGACGCGAAACCCUUUACCCUCCCCUCAACUUUCCCUCUCAGGAUUCAGGAGGUAAGCUGGUCCAAAGAGCUAUCUAUAAUAUAUGUAUGCGUAUACAAUUUGUUAAAGAUGAUGAAUUGUUUCGAUUAUAAUAAUUUAUUUUUUUAUAAUAUUUUGUUCAAUGAAGAUAAUAUUAAUAAUUAUUGAGAGAGAAUGACUUGAAGAAACGAUAAGAAAAUUAUAUCAGAUUCAGAGAUAACAAAAUAUGUAAAAAACACAAUUUAUAAUAAAAUUUCUUAUAAAAA